CCUACCCAAGCUACCACGCGGAGAGACGCAACCCGAGAGCAUGCGAACGAAGAUAAGUCGGGUCGGGUCUUCAAAGCCAAUACGAGGGCUUCCUUAAGGAUCCCGAUUGGGCUAUUUAGGGAUUUUCGCGACAACGUGCUGUCGCAGGAUUAAUUUCGACUUGGAUGCAUUGCUUGCAUCCAGUAGGAUGGAGCUUACCCCUCAUUUCCCUGACAAGCAAGACGACAACGGGCCUCCUUUGGGUUUCAAAGAUUUGCUAGGAGCCGUCAACCCAAACGGCCCGUGGUUUGGCGGUGUCUGCAUGGCGUCCGUUCAAAACCAUGAUACUGGACAGGAGAUGGCCGAGUGGUCAGCGGUCUUAGCUCGAGUGACCACGAUCGUGUCCAGCUUGAUAACCACUCGGACGUUUCGGAGGAAAACAGGAAACGGACGGUGAAAUGUCAUCGCGAUGCGCCUAGUCUCUUAGCAGAUACAUACAUACAUACUUGCUGCUGUACAUCAUGUGAGCAUGACCCGUCGCAGCUGAAUGAAGCACGGGCGAGUCUAAAUUAUUGGGUGGAUCAAGAGGGGGGACCCUGAAAUGAUUAGCAGCAGUUGACUACUCGUGCUUGUAACCGGGUUAAUUGCAUGAGAGCUGGCGACUACUGUGCGGUCAUAAUUGGUAACAAUGAUGAGCUGUUGGUAGUAUGGAGUACAGGAAGAGAGGGAAAGAAUGACGAUGAUUAGUGAGAAAUACCGGUGUGUAUGUGUGUGUGUGUGUGUGUGUGUGUGUGUGUGUGUGUGUGUG